AUUGUCUCGAAAAAGGUCACUAAAACUCAGUUACACCAAAUCUUAGCGACCGUUGAGAAUGUGUUUUCGUGACUCCGGAAACAUUUGACGACCUAGUGAAGCGAAGAGUUGAAUGGGGAACUCAAACUUCAACUAUUUCACGUACGGCACGGAUCAGAUUUCUAAAUUCAUCCGGGCUACUGAUUUAUUCACGAGCAGUGGUUUAGGAAGAGAGAAUCAUUUCCACUAUAAUAACACACCUCCACGUCAGACAACGAGCAUCGCCAACACACCGACCAACACGAACUCGCAACCUACACGACCUGCAGUAGGCAUGGAUCCAACGGAGAAGUUGGAAUCUUCAAAGCGUAGAUCUGCGAGUAGGUCGAAUUACUCGACAGAUCAUCCGCAAUCUUCCAGCCACACUGCUCCCAAACGCACUUCUUCGAGUACUCCUGCUGGCUCUACGUCAGCAGCACCCGUUUCAGAUCCAACUAUAAACAACCGCGCCCUCUCGGAUGGCUUUUCGAAUGGAUCAGCAAGUGCACCCCAAUCAAGACCUGCGUCGAGGCCUCAUCAACGAAAAGUCUCAGCCUCGAGCACUGCUCAGCAUCGAGAUCACGCUACCUCCUCUCGGAAACUGUCCUUGAAGCAUCGCAAGAACAAGGAGCCACUCUCCCUACCGGAGCACAUCAAGCUUAGCACCGUCAACACCUUCCAGCAGCUAUAUGCCACCGUCGCGCCAUGGGUCCUUGGAGGCGUGGUCAUCGUUGGAGCCGGCUCAGUCAUAUGGUACGCUCCAACAAUCGUGCUGAAGCUGGCAUGGUGGUGCGUGAUAGCAGCCGUUGGCCAUGUGGUCUUCUACAUGCUGUACUGGAAGUGCUACGAGAACCCUCAUACGGAAGAAGCACCACUAUUCAAGAUCUGCGGGCACGAGCUCGUUGUUCGUGAAUCCGGCAAUGCUGAGCCUGGCAUCGAGACCAACAUCGCGGCCUACAUCUCGAGUCUCAUUGCGCAGAUGAUAGCCUAUCUGCGCCAGGGGACACCGGAGGGCGAGCAGCGCGAUGAACUCGGCCAGACUCCCGUGACGGCCUACCUCACGAAAGCCGCAUCCAUGACCCCUAUCGUCAAGAAGGUCCGCUUCUCGCAACCACGCAAUCAGCGGAAGGAAGAGAAACGCCCCCGAUACAGUAUUCCAAGCUCGUACAACUUUAUACACGCCAUUCCUGACUCGCGCCUACCAUCUACCUCGGCCACCAUCUCUCUGCCCCAAUUAGGUGCUGGCGUGGGCCUCCUCUUCUCCAGCAUUGGAACGUCCAGCGAGGAGCCCUCCCAGAGCCUCUCGGCCCGCGUCCUCAUCCUGCGGAUCCAAAUUGGACAGGCAAAGCUCGGUGAGCUCGACGAGGUUACUAGCAGCUUGCACAGCCUAUUGCUGGACCUCACCCCCGAGAAGCAAGACAGAGACAGGAUCAACGCAGCCACUUUCGCAAACGCUCAAGCCCUUCAAUCCCUAGCCUCCCGCUGCUCCCACAUCCUCUACACCAAGCGCGACCAGGCCCUCAAAGACGCUUGGUGGCACGACGCCGUGCUCCCCGCCCACCUCAGCUCCAUAGACAUCACGGAGCUGACAGACUGGAUCAAGCUCUGCCUCCACGGCCUCGCUACCAAGAAAUCACAGAUUCAGUCUCGAGUCGACACUCUGAGUGCGGAGCUCAUGCAGAUGCGGCUAAAGGGCAAGAUGGAGAAGCUACCGCGGGGUAAGAAGGAGAGGGCUGAGGAGGCUAAGCGGCCGAAGGUGAAGAUGGAGAGGGAGGAGAGGGAGGCGUGCGAGGUUGGAGUGCGUAUCAAGGGGAAGGCGAGGGAGAGCGCGGCUUAUAGUGGGAUGGCGGGGGAUUUGGUGGGGUGGAGGGAGCAUGGGACGAUGAGGGUGGGGCAUGGGUUUUUGGAGAGGAGUUGGUGUGCGGAUUGGUAACAAGGCGAUUUGGAAAUCGCGGGUUGAUGUGCUUCUACAUUGGAUACGCUGGAGAGUAGCUUUUGCCUUCCUUUCGGGGCGGAUGAAGCUGUAGAGGGAAAUAAUCAUCACCUCUCGCGAAUACAUAACCCUAUCAGUCCUGUUUACCCCUCCCCGAGGAAG